AAAGAUCCUGUCUGUAGUCUCAGAACCCCUCCCACCUCAGGUUCCCAUCCGAAACAGGCAUUUCCGGAACUGGCGCGUGGAGGCGGGGGGCUGCCCCGGAAGUGUUUGUCUGUUGUCCUACGUAGGAAAGAUGGCGGCGGCGCAAGUUGCGGGUUCCCUGCCAGGCGGGCCGCCGCCAGAGACGCCGGGGGAGCUAUCCUUCGAGCCGGGGCGUGGGUUUCGCUGUUUGUCGGCCAGGCUCUGCGCCCUUCGCCCGGAUGAUAGCAGUUCCGGCCGCACGGAGAUCCACCUGCUCUUCGACCAGCUCAUCUCCGAGACCUACAGCGAGGGCAGCGGCGUGGCCCCGGAGGAUGUCAGUACUCUUCUUGUCCAGGCGUGUCGACUCGUGCCUCUUAAUCAGAAUCAUCUUGUCAGCAAACUGUCUCAGCUUAUCCACCAUUUGCUUAACACAUUACAGGUGAUUGUUGACGAGCAGAACUUGGAUUUUCUGUUGGCAUAUACUAUUUCUGCUAUUCAGCAGUGCAGUUCCUGGACACAUAUGCAGAUUCUCCAAGCUCUGGCAGCCCUGGUGUACGGCAAUGGCUCAAAGUGUCAGAAGUACCUUCCAGACUUGCUUGGCAAGAGUGGACUCUUGAUGAAGUUGAGCGACUUGGCUCAGUCAGACCCUGAAGUUAGGAGAGCUGCAGUGCAUUGUAUGGCAAACUUAUGUCUCAGUGUGCCCGGACAGCCAUACUUGGAGGAGCCCUACCAAAAUAUCUGCUUCCAAGUUUUCUUGACCACUUUACAGUCUCCAAAAUCGUCUGACAUGGAUGACAUCACGUUCUGCAUGUUGUUACAAAACGCCUUAAAAGGUAUACAGUCUCUCCUAAAUGGUGGGAAGAUGAAACUGACCCAGACUGAUGAGCUGGGAGCUCUUCUAGCUGUGCUGAAGAAAUCCAUGUUCCAUGGACUCCCUGGACUAAACAUAGAGAUGCCCACUGUGUUGUACCCCACUCCGCUUCCUCAGUACGAUGGACGACCGCCCAACCAGCCUCAGCAGUCAGAGUCCAGCACUUCUUGCCCGGCUGUGAAUAAAAAGAAAAAAUCAAAAGUAAAAGCGAAGAAAAUCCAGCAAGGAGAGGAGGAGGAGGAGGAGUCCAGUGGUGAAAGAGAAGUAGCCCCAGCCACUGGCCCAGGAAGACUGAACCUGCGCAGAGGGGACGCUCAGGGCCCCUGUUCCCCAGGCGCUCAGAGUCUGCCCUUAGCUGGAAGUGGAGCUGCAGGAAAAGACCGGGUCUCUUCACCCCUCAGCUCUUCCGGUUGGAGGAGGGUCAGCAGUAGUGAGUCAGACUAUUCUGAUGCUGAAGGAGGCAUGCAGAGUAAAGUGAGGUCUUACCAAGCCAAAGUUCGCCAAGGAGCAUUAGCGUGUUUUCUUUCUACUAUAAAAUCAGUAGAAAAAAAAGUUCUGUACGGCUACUGGUCAGCCUUUGUUCCUGACACACCAGAGCUUGGAGGCCCCCAGUCUGUGUCCCUGAUGACCCUCACGUUAAAAGAUCCUUCUCCAAAGACACGUGCCUGUGCCCUGCAAGUUUUAUCUGCCAUCUUGGAAGGCUCAAAGCAGUUUCUUUCCAUUGCUGAAGAUACCAGUGACCACAAAAGGGCUUUCACUCCCUUUUCCGUAAUGAUCGCUUCCAGCAUUAAAGAGUUGCACAGAUGUCUUUUGUUAGCUUUGGUGGCGGAAUCAUCCUCACAGACCCUCACUCAGAUAAUUAAGUGUCUUGCAAACUUGGUAUCAAAUUCACCUUAUAACCGUCUGAAACUCAGCCUGCUGACCAAAGUCUGGAACCAGAUAAAGCCUUAUAUCCGCCACAAAGACGUUAAUGUUCGUGUGUCGAGUCUCACACUGUUGGGGGCCAUAGUGUCCACUCACGCACCUCUACCUGAAGUCCAGCUACUUCUGCAACAGCCCUGUUCUUCCGGACUCAGCAGCAGCAGCUCGGCCACCCCCCACCUGAGUCCUCCGGAAUGGUGGAAGAAGGCCCCUUCAGGACCCUUUGUAGAGGAAGGGGCAGUUAGCUCACCAAAGUUAUCUUCAGAGCCCUGCUGGCUCAUUCGACUUUGCAUUUCCAUUGUUGUUCUGCCCAGGGAGGAUUCCUGUUCAGGUAGCGAUGCUGGUUCUGCAGGAGGAAGCAUCUAUGAGCCAUUCCCCAUGCGGUUGGAGGCCUUGCAGGUGUUGGCUCAUCUGGCAAGGGGCUACUUUUCAAUGACGCAGGUCUACUUGAUGGAGCUUGGAGAGGUGAUUUGCAAGUGCCUGGGGGAGGCAGAUCCAUCUGUCCAGCUUCAUGGAGCAAAGCUUCUGGAAGAACUGGGUACCAGCUUAAUACACCAGAAUAAACCAGAUUCUUCCGUAGCACCUGAUCAGAGAGUUCCAGUCCCCUUGGUGGUGACGUUCUGGACCAUGAUGCUCAACGGUCCUUUACCCAGAGCCCUGCAGAACGCAGAGCAUCCGACACUGCAGGCCAGCGCCUGUGACGCCCUGUCUUCCAUCUUGCCGGAAGCCUUCAGCAGUCUGCCGAGUGACAGGCAGAUCCUGUGCAUCACGAUGCUGCUGGGGCUGAACGACAGCAAGAACCGUUUAGUGAAAGCUGCCACCUCACGGGCCCUCGGGGUCUAUGUGCUUUUUCCUUGUCUCAGACAGGAUGUCAUAUUUGUUGCAGACACAGCCAAUGCAAUAUUGAUGUCACUUCAGGACAAGUCUCUUAAUGUCCGGGCCAAAGCAGCCUGGUCCCUUGGCAACCUGACCGACACUCUGAUUGUCAACAUGGAAACACCAGACCCAAGUUUCCAGGAAGAGUUCUCAGGCCUCCUGCUCUUGAAGAUGCUGCGGUCAGCUAUAGAUGCUUCCAAGGAUAAAGACAAGGUAAAAAGCAAUGCAGUCCGAGCCCUUGGAAAUUUGCUUCAUUUUCUGCAACCUUCUCAUAUAGAAAAACCCAGAUUUGCUGAAAUCAUUGAGGAGGCUAUCCAGGCCCUGAUUUCUACUGUUCUGAUUGAGGCUGCCAUGAAAGUCCGAUGGAAUGCCUGUUAUGCGAUGGGAAAUGUAUUUAAAAAUCCUGCUCUUCCCCUCGAAACAGCCCCGUGGACCUCCCAGGCCUACGACGCCCUGACAUCAGUUGUGACGUCAUGCAAGAACUUCAAAGUGCGCAUCAGAUCAGCCGCUGCCCUGGCUGUCCCCCGCAAGAGGGAGCACUAUGGGUCGGUUGAGCAGUACGCUCAGAUCUGGAAUGCCCUGGUCACUGCCUUGCAGAAAAGUGAAGACACCACAGACUUUUUAGAGUUCAAGUACUGUGCCAGCCUGCGGACCCAAAUCUGCCAGGCACUGAUUCACCUCUUGAGCUUGGCCAGCCCCUCAGACCUGUCCUGCAUCAGGGAAACCCUCGAACUGCACGGGGACAUGGUCCAGUCUUUCAUCCUACAGUUUUUAAAGUCAGGAACAGAGAAAGAUGACGCCGGAGCACCCCACCACCCGCAGGAGAGAGACCAGAUGGUCAGAACGGCCCUGGGGCACAUAAACAAUGUCCAGGCACUGGCUGGUGACCCAGCCAAAAGGGCCAUCGUGGGCUUUUUAGAAGAUAUCCUGACCAUUUAUUUUGACUCAUCUGGAUCUCAAGUAGCACUCUUAGGAUUAACCCAUCGGUGAAUAUUCUACCAUACUUUCCAGGUGUCAGGUGGAAACAGGAAGAUCUGAGCCUGAGCAUCAGAUGUGUGGGGUUUAGUCUUAGGGGCAGAAACAGUCCUUUCACUGUUUAUUUAGAACGAGUUACCAGCUAUUGAAAUUUUUCUCAGAGGGUUCAUCCACGUUGGAGAGUGUUUUCACUGCCUUGGCUGUGGCUGUGACUGCUGGAACCUCUGACUUGUGCAUCUGGGAGCCAAGGAGUUGGGUUGUCCUGUGGACUGAGCAGGCUUGGGUUCCUAAGAGUGGACUCAGAAGAGUAUUUUUAAAAAAAGGAAAAAGCAAAAGGAUUUAGGAGUUAGAAGGUUGUAUAUUGUGUCUCUGGGGAUUGUUUUUCUUUUGUAAUAAACUAAUGUAAAGCAGUG